AUGAAGGUCACCUUCAAGGAUCUCAAGCAACAAAAGUUUACACUCGACGUCGAGCCUUCUGAGCUGAUUUCUGCCGUCAAAGAAAAGAUUUCAGCUGAGAAAGGAUGGGAGCCCAAGCUGCAGAAGCUGAUCUACUCUGGCAAGAUUCUAAAGGAUGAAGAGACUGUUGGCUCCUACAACAUUGAGGAGAAGGGCUUUGUGGUCUCUCGCAAUAGCCUAAGCCCAAGCCCGAACCCAAGGCGGCCGAAUCCAGUGCUCCUCCUGCCACACCCGCCCAAGCCUGCGGCCCCUGCGGCCCCUGCGCAAUCUUCAUCUCAUCAGGCUGCUGUCCCCGCGACACCUACUCCUCAGCGCUCUGUGGAUGCUGGAACUGGUGCUCAAGCUGAGGAGCCUUCCGGCCUUGCUAUGGGAUCCCAGCGCACCGAGGCGAUCGCAAACAUGGAGGCCAUGGGCUUUGAAAGAAGCCAGAUCGAAGCGGCCAUGCGCGCUGCCUUUAACAACCCUGACCGUGCUGUCGAGUAUCUACUUAAUGGCAUUCCCGACAAUAUCCGACAAGAGCAGCAGCAGCGUGAGGCUGCUCCUGCGGCUCCUGCUUCACAACCAGCUCAACCCGCCGCUCCCGCCCAAGGUGCAUCUGAUGAGGGUGGCGUGAAUUUGUUCGAUCUUGCUGCUCAACGUGGAGGCUCUGGUGGCCGAGGAGGAAAUGGAGGGAACCAGGCGGCGGCAGCCGUAGCCGCUGCCGCUGCAGCUGGGCAAGGUGGUGAUUUGGGCAACCUCGACUUUCUGCGACACAAUGCUCAAUUCCAGCAACUCCGCCAGGUUGUUCAGCAACAACCGCAGAUGCUUGAGCCAAUUCUUCAGCAGCUUGGAGCCGGCAAUCCUCAACUGGCCGAGUUGAUUGCUACGAAUCCAGACCAAUUUCUUCAACUUCUCGGUGAAUAUGCCGAUGACGACACCCCCCUACCCCCUGGGGCUCAGGCCAUUUCGGUCACUGAGGAGGAACGAGAUGCUAUCGAGAGGCUGUGCCGCCUAGGAUUCGAUAGAGAUCAGGCCAUUCAGGCCUAUUUUGCCUGCGACAAGAACGAAGAACUCGCUGCUAACUUCCUCUUUGACCAACCGGAGGAUGACGAGCCUGCCCCCAACAACAACUAA